CCCUGCAGCUACCUCUGCCUCCACCUCUGCUGCGCCUGCACGGAGCCCUGGGAGGCAUGCAUUGACGCUGGCGAUGUUUGAGAAAUCGCGGUUCGGUGGGACUUUGUCUGCUGCAGCCAAGCCGAAUGUCAAUCUGACUAGGAGGCCUGUUGAGCGUCCCUCCAGCCCUGCCACUGUCCCGUCUGGGAGAAGCACUCCAUCCGCUACCCCACCUCGAGUGACGCCCCCUUCCAGUCCCAGCUUCUACAGGCCUGUCUCCCCUUUCUCUCUGCCUCCAUCCAGCCCUGUCAUGUCGGCGGUGAGGACCAGCUCUUCCCCUCUGGUUGUAUCAGAUAUGAGUCCUGCUCCUCCAGGUCUCCUCCCUGCUCCUCCUGGUCCCCUCCCUGCUCCUCCUGGUCCCCUCCCUGCUCCUCCUGGUCCCCUCCCUGCUCCUCCUGGUCCCCUCCCUGCUCCUCCUCUUGCUGCUCCAGAUCAGUUCUGGCUGCCGGUGGAAAUGAGGAAGACCAUUCCCCAGCAGGACCAGCGCUGGAUUGCGUCCGAGCUGUGGAGGAACCAGCGGCUGCGCCCGGACGUCCAGCUCUGGUAUGAGCCACCAGUUCCUGCCCUCAUCUACAACAAGGUCCCGUCACCAGACCGCUUUUUUAUGCACCCUGCCCCUCCUCCGAGUCCCUGACCAAGGAGCAGUGGUUGGCGGAGAGGAGGAACAAAGAUCACCCGUGUUAAAUCUAUAUUUUAAAAUAGACAUGUUUAUAUAUUAACAAAUGUUUUAAGAAUUAUUUGCUGGUCAUCUUAUUCGAAUCAUUAGCCAGAUCCACUCCACAAGAGGAAGCACCAUACUAAUAUUGCAAUAUAAUAUGCACACAAAAUGAUUUAUAGUUGAAAUACUUGUAGGUUGAAG